AUGUAUUAUCAACUGCCAAAGCUAUUGCUAUGCUAUGGACUUUCCUCCUUUGCUGUGCAGGUGAUCUUUGACUUCCGCUUCUUAGCGCUUUUGGCUAUUGGAGGUUCAUUGGCUGGUUCGGUUUUGUGCUUCCUAAAUGGUAGCGUUUACAUUGUUGAUGCAUAUAAAGUGUACUGGUCAAGCUGCGUGAAAGGAAUUCACACUGGACAGAUGGUUCUUCGACUGGUUGAAGCCAUUGAUGUUUAUCUAGCUGGAACUGUCAUGCUGAUAUUCGGUAUGGGCUUGUAUGGAUUAUUUAUCACUAAUGUAUCUCCUGAUGUACUACUUUCUGUUGAUCGUGCUCUCAAGGGCUCUUCUUUGUUCGGAAUGUUUGCUCUAAAGGAGCGCCCUAAGUGGAUGAAAAUCAGUUCACUCGACGAACUGAAGACGAAAGUGGGACAUGUUAUAGUCAUGAUCCUUUUGGUGAAGACGUUUGAGAGGAGCAAGAUGGUCACAAUAGCAACCGGCUUGGAUCUGCUAAGCUAUUCUGUCUGCAUUUUCCUGUCAUCCGCUUCAUUGUAAAUCCUCCAUAAUCUACACAAAUCAGAGUGACAAUGGUGUUGGAAAAUAUGCUCCUCCGAAUUGUAGAAGAAAGGAAACUUCAACUUCAAACGGGAUGAACUACGAAAUCAGACUUUGAGACGUGAUAUCACUUUCUUUAAGGAAUUAUUUGCCCCACGAAGUUACUAAUGAUCACCGGCAAAUUUUCAUCAGGAUACAACAAAGUCUCGAUUGAGAAUACCAAAUAGCAAUUUCGGUAUAU